UCCUGCGGACAGAGAACAGUGGGGGACGCUGUGGGUCACAUUGUAGUGAGUGGUGGAGAGCUGCAGUGAUGAAGAAGAGAAGCAGGUUUAUUUAUUAUUAGAAUAUCAUGCAGUCAUGCUCUCCAGAAGAUCAGCACAGCUCGCCUACAGACUCCUCACCUCCACCUCCACCUACAGACCCGCAUUACAGCCGCGACUGCCUGUCCAGCAGAGUGGGAGGUUAAUCUCCCACAGCACGGUGGACCCGGCUGAGGUGAGGAAAUUCCAGGCUUUGGCCAGCAAGUGGUGGGAUGAGCGGGGCGAGUUUGGAGCGCUGCACGCCAUGAAUGACCUGAGGGUGCCAUUUAUACGGGACAACCUGUUGAGUGUGCACAGUGCCCGGCAGAUGGGCAGCCCGCUGUCGGGACUCCGGGUUCUGGACGUCGGAUGUGGCGGUGGCCUGCUGACUGAGCCACUGGCUCGACUGGGUGCGGACGUGUUGGGGAUCGACCCGGUGCAGGACAGUGUGCGGAUUGCAGAGCUGCAUCUGUCACAUGACCCGGCACUGUGUGGGCGUGUGCGGUACAGAGCCUGCAGCCUGGAGGAGCUGGCUGAUGAAGACGAGCAGGAAGAAGAGGGAUUCCAUGCUGUUGUUGCCUCUGAGGUUCUGGAACACCUGGCUGACCUGGAGACCUUUAUACAGUGCUGCCACCACGUACUGAAGCCUGGUGGCUCUCUCUUCGUCACCACUAUAAACCGGACACAGAUGUCCUACAUUCUGGGCAUUAUCGCGGCCGAGCAGGUUCUGCGGAUUGUACCCAGAGGAACCCAUGACUGGGAGAAGUUCAUCAGUCCUGUGGAGCUAGAGACGCUGCUGGAGUCCACUGGUUUCAGUGUGGAGUGUAUUAGAGGGAUGCUGUAUAACCCUGUGUCAGGAGCGUGGAGCUGGCAGCAGAGCACAGCCAUCAACUAUGCUCUGCAUGCACUCAAACGGAGGGAGGAGCCGCAGUCGGACAGAGUUGAGUCUGAGAGCGAGGAUGAAGCUGCGUCACGGUCCACAGCCUGAAUUUUACAGUCACUUUUUACACAAGAAAAAUUAAAAAAAGCUAACAUAACAGAGUGACUGUGUCUGUGUCUGGAUUGUGGGGAGCAUUUAAUUAUUUGCUUUAAUAAUUCAGAACAUCAUAUUGCUCACACACAUACAGUGCAUUUUUCACAGAGGCCAUGAAGUAUCAUGCUGUGUCUGCUUUGUUAGUAACAGUAAACUGUGGUGCACACUGAUAUAUGUGUGGUGUCCCAUGACUUUUGCCUUGUCCCAUGGAAGCUAAAGAAAGCUGUACUGUGAGCUGAUCUGUGGGAUAUGUGUGUGUGCGCGUUGGGUCUCCUGCAUUGAAUGUAGAUGUGAUUUCUGCCAGUCAGAAACUGUUCCAGCCAGAUACUGCCGGUCACCAUCAUUACCACUCGCUGUACUGUCCACUGUGAGUGGUAAUGCCUUCUGUAAUGUAUUCCAGGUACACACGUGACACUGUGGAUCGGGGAAUGUUAAAUGCCUGCACAACUACAGAAAUGUAAUUUCCCACUAUCGGACCGCACUUAAAUAGCAAAUAUUGAACGCAUCAAACAUCUUAAAAAGUGUACAGGUGUGGGCCUUUCCAAGCCUUCCCCUGAGGUAACAAUUCAUGAUCAGUUUUUAUACUGCUGUUCCAUAAUUUCUGUCAUGUCAGAGUAUAUUGUAAAAAAUUGUCUUCGAAUCUUCGUAUUCUAAGUGAUAAUCUGUGAAUAAUCGGUAUGUAUUUUGAGAAAAAUUGUAAUAAAAUAAAUUCUGAUUUAAA